ACUCACUCUAUGAUCACAGGCGCGUCCUCAACUCACGUACGCCAUGCCCAUCGUUUUCUCUUGGAUCAUCCAGAGAUGCUCGCGCGCGGCUUCUGUUGUAUGGAGACCGGGGACUGGGAUGGGAAUUGGCGACCCCGGUUACGUAUCGGUCCGAGGAAUCAUGCGCAGGUUCGCCCCAGACGCCGCACUUGGUUCGAGCUUUCAUCAGCAUCUCGUCUCGUCUCUUUCCACCUCACUUGUUCUUAGUCCUCGCAGCUUACCGCAACAGUUCUCUCCGACUAGCAUUUCAGUGUCCGCGCUCUCGAAGUCUUUCGUUGCAAGCGAUCUAAUAAGCUUGCCCAGUGAUCUCCGUCUUGGCGUGGCGAGAGAGGUUGUUACUUGAGUCUAAGCAACCAGACGCACUUCCACUUCGAAUUUCAUCAUCUAUAUUCUCCCCCGCGAUGGCAGACUCGUUCUCUACGCCCUGGAUCAAGGUUUCUGAACCCCAUCCCCACGUAUACCUCAUUGAAUUGCAGAGUCA